GCUUCUUCCAACUGAAAUUCCUCACUACACUCCAUACCUUCAAUAAUUCACCAAUUUCUGUUUAAAACCCAUCUCUUUUUCUUCACAAUCCAAUCAAAACAUCUCAACUUUAAUGCAAGAAAAUGGAUCUUGAAGAUGAAGGAUGGGUGAACAUACCCUAUGAUGGCCUUCUUCAAGUCCAUGAUGAUGGUGGCAACAAAUUCUUUUCAAGAAAGUAUGUGAGGAGUCCCAAGAAUCUCUUCAAAAUGGAUUACUUCAAAUCCUCACGAGAAUUCGUCGAAGAGGAUUCAAGAUCGCGAAACCAAUUGAUUCCUCUCCCGAUUCAAAUGGAUGAUCACCGUGAAGAGGAGGUGAAAGAAGUCACCGGGCUCCCGGUUUUGAUCAACGGGGAGCUCAAAGAAGCUCCGGAAGCGGAUCUUGAUCCGAUCUUCCAGGUUUUCUUCAAGAAAGAGAACGAAUUUGUCGAAAUGAAAAUGGAUUCCUCGAGAUCAAGUCCUCGAGGAAUCAGUUUACCGUAUAUUGACACGGAUGUGUUUCAAUAUGAGGAAAAAAGUGAUGAUGAUGAUGAUGAUGAUAUGGCAUCAAAAGUGGGGGUUGAUGAGGUCGAGAAGGCGAUCCAUGAAGAAGGCAAUGAAGGGUUGAAUCUAUGGAAAUGGGGUGUAAAUGGGAUCGGUGCUUUUUGCUCUUUUGGCAUGGCUGCUGCCACCAUUUGUAUCAUCCUUCUCGGAAGUGGUCAAAGGCACAAACAACACAAUCACAAGAUUAGGAUCCAAAUCUUCUCCGAUGACAAGAGGAUAAAGCAAGUGGUUGAUCGUGCAAAUGAGGCAAUGUCAGCAGUGAGACUGAGAGGGGUCCCUUUGUCCACUGCCCACAUCACAUAUGGGGGUUACUAUGAACAACCUCUCUAGCCUCAAAUUUGGUAUCUAAUUACCAAUAAAUCUUUAUAACUUGAAUUAGUGAUUCAAUUAUUAUAGCAAAUUAAUGGUCGUUUUUUGAAAAACGUCAAGAAAAUUGAGUCGUUAUGCUUUGCAAGAAUGAUCGGUGACGGAUACAUUAUGAUAGUUCCAUCUAAAUUUGUUUAUUCUUGCAAAGUGUAGUGCGUUUUUGCAUAUUUUUGAAGAACGACAAGUUGUUUGCAUUGGAAGUUCAGGUACGAUGAUUUGAAGAGUCUGUAACUCUGUUCUAAAUUAAGCAUUUAGCCUAAGCUUUAUUCUAAGUUGUAGUAAUGAAGGACUUUUCAGAUUUAUGUUUGUGUAUAUAUCUUAGAUUAUGGCAAUAAAAUGUAUAUGAUGUGAAA